AUGGACACUCAUGACCUGUCCUGGGCCAACUGGAUGUGCCCCUUGCCUGUGGCACCAGCUAAAUCUUCCUGGCUGGCCUACCCACAAGGCUCAGACCCUUGUGCCCUGCAGAAGACAUUCCUGGGCAUGACCCCACAGGGUCUCAGAGAGGAUGCCUCAAACAUGAAGCUCCAGACACCAGGCCUGCACGAAGAUUCUAUGGACAGUGAGAAACUCACAGCCAGGAACUCACCGAACAGAGAUGAGAUGGCAAACCAGAUGGAAAGAGGCUCCUGCCUAUCCUUCCCUCCUCACACCAGCUCCUCCCAGGACUUCAGGAUGGACAGAGAGAGCCCUAGUCCCUCGACCUUCUGGCCCUGGCUUCCUCCCACUGUCAUCUCCAAGGAACUCCCUAUCCACACCUACCCAGUCUUCCCUGGGUACCCACUGCUCCUGCCUCCCUCUUACCUAUUCACUUACGCGGCCCUAUCUUCUGCCCAAUGUCCGCACCUCUUCACGCUGCCCCCAGACCCCUCAUACCCCAUUGUGGCCCCACCCAGCUUGCUUAUGACAAUCAAUAGAGCUGGGCCCCAGAUCACCCAGGAGAAGCCCCUGCUUUUCUCCUCGGGGGCUUUCCAGAGUGCUAGACACACCCUAUGCUCCCAGGUCAGAGAUGCCUCAACCCUCUCCCCAGGACAGGCUGGUGUGGCAGCGCCUGCAAAGCAGCCAGGCUCCCAGGCCGGUGUCGUUACUCUGCCCUACCCUCUGAAGAAAAAGAAUGGUAAAAUCCUAUAUGAGUGCAAUGAGUGUGGCAAGAACUUUGGGCAGCUCUCCAAUCUCAAGGUCCACCUGCGUGUCCACAGUGGGGAGCGUCCAUUUCAGUGUGCCCUGUGCCAGAAGAGCUUCACCCAGCUGGCCCACCUGCAGAAGCACCACCUGGUGCACACCGGGGAGCGGCCCUACCAGUGCCGGACGUGCUUCAAGCGCUUCAGCAGCUCCAGCAACCUCAAGACCCACCUUCGCUUGCACUCGGGUACCCAACCCUUUCAGUGCAACGCGUGUUCCAGUCACUUCACCGCGCAUGUCCAUCUGAAGCUGCACCACAGGCUGCAGGCUCCACGGCCCCAUAGCCUGGCCCACACCCACAUACCCCUCCCCUCUCUCACCUGCCUUGCCCAGUGGCGCCAAGGACCGCUAGGUCUUGUGGGAGCUUCAUCAGAGAAGAUGGGCUGGGAUGUGGACCAGGUCAAGGUGUCCUCCUCGGUGUCCGGGAAAUCAAGGGCAGCCAGUCUGAGCAGUGGUGUCCAACUCCCCGAGUGCUCACACAAAUCUACCUCCGACAAACCCAGAGGCGUGAAGUUUCAAGACGGACCGAGUAGAGAGCAGGAGCUCGGGAAGGGGAGGUCGGUGUGGGAGCGCUGGGCACGGUCCCCUGGAGGUGCACCUGCAGGUCCAGGACAGCAUCUGGAUCAGGUCCCGCCCGAGGCCCUUGGGAGCCAGGCGGCUGUUUGCUCAGGGGGACGGGCCGGAGGAGGCGCUUCGCUGCCUGGACGGAGGAUCCGGGUGACACUUGCAGCCAAGUGCCCCACCGGCUGA